GCGGGGCGCGCGGAGUCGGUGGCGGCGCCAUGGCGACGGCGGGCGGCAGCGGCGGCGGCUUCCCCCUGGCGCUGCUGCUCCUGGGCGCGCUGCGGCCCCGCGCCGCCGCCGAGCAGGUCGUCUUGCUGGAUUCAAAGGAAUCGCAAGCAGAGCUGGGCUGGACCUCACGUCCGUCGAACGGGUGGGAAGAAAUCAGUGGAGUGGAUGAGAAUUACAAGCCGAUACGUACGUACCAAGUCUGCAAUGUCAUGGAGUCAAACCAGAACAACUGGCUGCAGACGGGCUGGAUCGCCAGGCGUGAUGGCCAAAGAAUCUUCAUUGAGCUGAAAUUCACCCUGAGGGACUGCAACAGCAUCCCUGGUGUGAUGGGCACCUGCAAGGAGACUUUCAAUCUGUACUACGUUGAGUCUGACUCUGACCUGGGCCAUAGCGUCCAUGAAAGUAAGCACAGGAAAAUUGACACCAUUGCUGCUGAUGAGAGCUUCACACAGGGGGACUUGGGCGAGCGUAAGAUGAAGCUGAACACAGAGCUGAGGGAGAUCGGACACCUGAGCAAGAAAGGCUUCCACCUGGGCUUCCAGGAUGUGGGCGCCUGCGUGGCUCUGGUUUCCGUGCGGGUCUAUUACAAGAUGUGCCUCGCCACAGUGCAGAACCUGGCCGUCUUUCCAGACACCGUGGCCGAAACGGCCUUUGCGACUUUGGUGGAAGUUAAGGGCACUUGUGUCAAUCACUCUGAAGUGGACUUGGAUAAUCCUCCUCGGAUGCACUGCAGCGCGGAGGGAGAGUGGCUGGUCCCAAUAGGGAAAUGCACGUGCAGUCCUGGCUUUGAAGAGAAGGACGGGGCAUGCAAAGCUUGCCUUCCUGGAUUUUACAAGCUCUCCCUCCGUCUCCCUCUCUGCUCUCCUUGCCCUGAGCACAGCUUCACACAUGAAGAAGCCUCCACAUUCUGUUCAUGCCAGAAGAACUACUCCAGGUCCCCAUCAGACCCACCGUCUGCCUCCUGCACACGUCCGCCAUCCGCUCCGAGGAACCUGGUCUACAGCCUGAAGCAGUCGACGCUGGUCCUGGAGUGGAGUGCCCCCGCGGACUCGGGCGGCCGGAGCGACGUCACCUACAGCCUGUGGUGCCGCCGGUGCUCGGAGGCGCUGCGGGGACGCUGCGAGCGGUGCGGCAGCAGCGUGGGCUUCGUGCCGCAGCAGACGGGACUUGUGGAGCGGACCGUCACCUUGGUGAACUUGCUGCCGCGCGUUAACUACACCAUCCGAGUGGCAGCUGUCAACGGCGUCUCAGACGUCGGCCCGUUAUCGAGGCAGCAGUAUGCCGAAGUGAAUAUCUCUACCGGCCUUGCAGCGCCAACUCCUGUCACUGGCAUCCGCACUGAUAAAAUUGAACAGAAGAGCAUUUCCUUGUCGUGGCAGGAGCCAGGCUUCCCGACCACCAAUAACACUGAAUACGAAAUCAAGUACUAUGAAAAGGAUCAAAGAGAUCAGAGUUACUCGACUGUGAAGACCACGUCAACAGCCGUGACGGUCAAUAACCUGAAGCCUGGCACCCUCUAUAUUUUCCAAAUCCGGACGACAUCUUCACAGGACUAUGGAAAUUACAGUCCUAGUAUUGAAGUGGAAACCUUAGGAGAGCUGACGGUGGCCUCCAGCGAGCAGAACCCCGUCCUGAUCAUCGUCGUCGUCGCCAUCGCCGGGCUGACGGUGCUGGUCUCCAUGGUGAUCGGCACGAUGAUCUGGAGAAGACAGUGUGGGUACAGCAAAGCCAGCCAGGAUGGAGAUGAGGAGCUGUACUUCCAUUUUAAAAUACCAACCAGGAGGACAUAUAUCAGCCCUGACACUUGUGAAGACCCCAUGCAGGCUGUGCACCUCUUUGCCAAAGAACUGGAUAACUCUAAUAUUAAGAUUGAGAGGAUCAUCGGGACAGGAGAGUUUGGAGAAAUCUGCCGGGGUUGUCUGAAGCUGCCCAGUAAAAGAGAGCUCCCGGUGGCAAUCCAGACCCUUCGGGCUGGGUGCUCGGAGAAGCAGAAGCACACCUUCCUGGCGGAGGCCUGCACUAUGGGCCAGUUUGACCACUCCAAUAUCAUCCGCCUGGAGGGAGUCAUCACCAGAGGGAACACCAUGAUGAUUGUAAUGGAGUACAUGGGGAACGGAGUGCUAGAUUCUUUUCUCAGGAAACAUGAGGGACAGUUCACGGCCACCCAGCUCAUUGGCAUGUUGCAGGGGAUUGCCUCUGGCAUGAAGUACCUGACAGAGAUGGGUUACAUACAUAAAAGCCUUGCUGCCCAUAAAGUCCUUGUAAACAGCAAUCUGGCUUGCAAAAUAACUGGCUUCAGACAGCCACAAGAAGACAAAAUGGAGACCAUCUUCACCACUAUGAGUGGAAAGAGCCUUGUGCUGUGGUCAGCCCCUGAAGCUAUCCAGUAUCACCACUUCAGUCCUGCCAGUGAUGUGUGGAGCUUUGGCAUCGUCAUGUGGGAAGUCAUGUCCUAUGGAGAGAGACCCUACUGGGACAUGUCCAACCAGGAUGUGGUAAAGGCCAUAGAAGAUGGAUUCCGCCUCCCUGCCCCGAUGAACUGCCAGCCCCCUCUUCACCAGCUCAUGCUGGACUGCUGGCAGAAGGAUCGCAAUGACAGACCCAAGUUCUCGCACAUCCACAACAUCCUGAGCAAGAUGGUGCAGAGCCCAGAGCCUCCAAAGUGCCCCAACUCCACCUGCACCAGGUCCCACAGCACGUCCAUUCCCCUCACCGAACGUACUUUCUCAGCCUUCCCAUCUUUCAGCUCUGUGGGCGAGUGGCUGGAAGCAAUAGACAUGGGCAGGUACAAGGAUAACUUCACAGCUGCAGGCUACUGCUACCUGGAAUCUGUGGCCAGGAUGACAGUCCAAGAUGUCCUGAGCCUGGGGAUCACGCUGGUGGAGCAUCAGAAGACCAUCCUGAGUGGGAUUCAGACUCUCCGGGCCCAGGUGAUACAAAUGCAUGGCCGAGGUGUGCAAGUGUGACGCAACCCCAAACAGACUGUGCAGAGCACUCACCUAUCACUCCCUGGGGAGGAGACAGCCAGCUGCGUACUGGCCCAAACUGGACCAAAUCUCUGAAAUCUUACUGAGAGCAGUUGAGCAGGUGGGAUGUAGGAAACACUGGGCUGCUGCCAAAAAGGUCAUUCCAUGUGGCAAGGAAGCAGGGUUGCCCUUCUCCUGUGCCAGGGAGGCCAAGUAUUCCUGGGACACGUGCAGUAAUGCAGUGUGUCUGGGUGGAUGUGGUUUUCCCUGGCAGUGUUUUCUAAGAUGAGUCAAACUAUAAUGAUGCCUUUUCAUAUGUUACUUAGGUUAACAGGGUGGAUGGACAUUCGUGCACUGUUUUAAUCCAGAGCUGACAGCAUUUUGGUAUCUAGCAUCCUACUGGUGUAAUCCAUGGGUAUUUUUCAGACAAGCUUACAUGUUCUACUGACCCCACAAGGAGUUUUUAUUGCUUUUAUUUUUAGAGACUGGAGCACACCUUACACCCAGCACCCAACUUCUGGAAGGUGGCUUUGCCCAUCUGGUAUGCUGAAAGGGAACUCUCUUCCAGCCUUGUCACUUCCACUCCAAGUUACCUCACUGAGUCUUGAGGCCACUGUUGGUGAAGAAAACCAAACAUUCUCCACCAAAAUGCAGAGCAAAUGGUGAUGAAUGGUCUUUUGACAAGACAGUUUGAGGGGAAGAAUUCAAAAGCUUUGACUAAAAGAGCUAUAGUCAGGGGAGGGGAAGUAGAUGGGCCUCUUGGACCGCCAUCAUGCUGAUGUUCUUAGCCUUCACUACUUUCUGUGCUGGUCCUGGCACCAUCAUUUUAUGUCUUGAGGAGCCUGGAAAAGUGGAGGGAUCUGAUCUCCCUUUGCACUGACACAGGCCACUGUAAAGUUCUCCAGCAGCGGUGCUCAUUUUGCAAUCUUAACGCAAUGCUCAGCCGUAUGGGGGAGAGCACGGAUCCCGUGGAUCAGGACAGCAGUAUGCAAUAGACCACGGCCAGGUAAGUGCUGAGUAAGAGGGUAGUUUUGGAUAAAGGCAGCGAGCGAUGCCCAGGCCCUGUCCCACAGAACUAGGUGGGUUGGAGGCCAAGCGAAGCGGGCGGAGUAUCAGUGUGCUGUCACGGCCACGGGCUGAGCAGGGCAGGUGAAAGCCAGAGCCUGGGGGAGCUCCCUGGUGUUAGCUGAGUUGGAGCUUCCCACUUAGAAGUGUUCGCCCUACUUCGGAGCAGUAGAUGGACAAAUGUUCUUCCCUCUGUAGGUUUGGAAGUUUUUACAGGGGAAAAAGGUUUUAUAAAUGGAACUAAUUCAAACCACAGUGGCAGGAAAUAACCUCCCAAUUCAGCUAGAAACAGGAUGAAAACCUUGGAAUUGGUUUGGGGUUGGAGAGACAGAUAUCAUGGCUGUUUGGUGUUCCCUGCAGCACUGUGCCCAAUAGCCAUGCGAAGAACCACUGCAGCUGCAGGUGAGUAACCUUUGCUUUCUCCUCCAGUGGCCAGACUGCCCAGCGCCCUGUCCAAAACAGGGAAGGAAAAGGCUUUUUGGAGUAUGCGCCUCAGCUGUUGCAGAAUGUCAGCUUUGCACCACUGAUCAACAGCCCUGUGACGGGCUGUGUGUGAGAAGCAGUAGUGCCAGCACAUCCCACAGUGUGCGUAACUUUUGCAACAGAGAGCACUCCAAGUUGUCUGGUUAUUUGAGGUUGCUUCAGUGCCUGUGGUGCUGGAUCAGCACAUACUGGCCGAAUACUGGGAUUUGGGCAGAGCUAUUGCAUCCAUGGGAUCGCUGAAAUUCUGCCAUGCAAUCUGGGCAAAUUAUGGCCCAACAGCACUUUACUUUGUUGCAAAUAGUAACUUAAUACUGCGUUCCUUGCACAUUGUUUUUUCCCAUUGGUUCAGGCCUGAUCCAUGACUGAAGUUAAUUAAAUGGGUCUUUGCAGCCUUGCACAGUUUUCUCAGCCUUUUGUUAUCAUCUGCAAGUAUAACAAAUGAAUUAUUGAUGAUGAAAGACAAAGAUUUACAAAGGGAAUGAAUGCUGCAGAAACUAUUCGCAGUGCAGUUAGAAAUUUGUUUGCAUUUUGAGCCAGAUAUUCCUAUUAGACUGUGCCAUGAGGAGGAUAAAGAUCUAAAUCACAAUUAAAUGAAAGGCCCUAGCUCCCCAGUCCGCUUGUAGGGCUGGCAUGGCACCUACCUGCUGCCCAGGCAUUUUCCUUCUGUUCUAGUAGAGCAAUUAAGCAAAGAGGCCCAUCGUAUGCGUUAACACCUGUCUGGUCUGGUGGUCCUUGCUGAACAAGAUAUUUUAGGGAUCCAACUUUUUAGUAAAGCCUUGUUUGUGGUGAUUUCUUUUUAAAGCUGACAUGCACCUGAGUAAAACUGAGCCCUCAACUCUUAUGGCUUGGCUGCUGUGACCAGUUUAGAUUCAGAAGUGUCAAGGACUGACAUGAUUUCACAUUAUUCAGAUAUGUCCACUUGAUUGCAUCAGAGAUCAGAACUUUUUGUCUGAACUUCACCAAUAAGUGGUAUCAAGAAGGUCCCAGCUAAUGUUUGUUUAUACAUUUUCUGCCUUGUGUUGACAUUUCCAGGCAAUGUCAUGGUGAAAUACCAUAAACUCUUAAGCAGAUCUCAAAUCCCUGCUGUUAGGGCGGUGCAGGCUGACUUUGAGAAAGCUGCCUUCUUUCUUUGCAGGUUUCUGAACCCAGUUUCAGAACUCCCAGUAAAAAAUGCAAAGAGCAAUGUGAAUAAGCACAGCACAACUGUGUGCAAAGCUAGUGAUAAGAAAUGUUGCCCCUGUGGAGAACUGGACCUGCUGCUUAUGCUACAAAAAGAGACAGAGCAAGCUGAGAUGAGCAAGCCUUUCACAAGUGAGUUCUGGGUGCACUCUGGGGAGUUUGCUUCUCCCUGAGGUAAACAAACUCUCCUUCCUGCUGCUUGUUCGGUUUAGACAGCAUUCCCCCAUGUCACUUGGUUAGUUUUUUAAAGGGAAUUAUUUGUCUUCAAAUUUCACCUUUGUCCAGUCCAGUUAGUCAGUCUGCAUCCUGCUAUUUCAUACCCAGAAGAGUAAUAAUUAUGAACUGAAACCUUUAUUUGGUAGAAAUGCCAGAUCCCAAGGAUCAAGUGCAAUUUGUAUGCUCUUUAUGUUUACAUUUUAUCUAUAGAGAAAGUGUAUUAUAGUUCUCUAGGUAGGGAGUUGAACCAACUUGAUUCCUGAUCACCUCUUCCACAUUUCCCUGUUUUUGUCCCAUUUGCUGUGAUCGUUUCCAGGAGCCUCCUCUGUUCCAGGUGCUAGGAACCAUCCUGAGGAGAUCGCUGCUGCAAGGACUGUGUCUGGUUUGGUGCAUGUGAUGUUGGAAAAUCCAGGGUUCAAUGACGAGGCAACAGUGUGAUUCAGGGUCUGGAAAACACAGCUGGUAAUGAGCCUCAUAAUGAUAACGCAGCCUGUUCAGUGCAGAACAUGUUAGCAGGGGAUCUGUAAUGUGUAAGAAGAUGGCUGAAGGGCUCUCUUAGCAUUUCAAGAUCCUGUUGGAGGGAAUUGAAGUCAGCAAAGAGGAAAUAAAUUGCAGAAAUGGUGGUGGUAAUCAACCACUGAAUAGAUCACAGGAGAUGUGUCAAAUGCUCCAGUCACUUGGACUCUUUAAAUAAUGGUUGGAUAUCAUUCUGGCUGAAUGAGAGUAUAACCUGUUGAGGUAGUUUGAGGAACUGCUGGGUGAAAUCCCUGGACUUAGCUGUGCAGAGGAUCAGUGCAUAUCAUCAUGGCAGUGCAUCAGGCCUCAGUGUCUGUGGCUCUUUCCAAGAGGAGCUCUUAGAACCAGCUGGAAGAUGAAGGUUUAGUAGCAGGAUUCUCUUGGGCUGGGCACUGCUUGUAUUUGUGCAGUGAUAAAGGCUGUGUGGGUUAAUUAGAUGCCUGGUAAAGGAGAUCAGAUGAAGAAAGAGCAUAUACUGCUUCAUAGCAGUGCUCAAGAUUAAUGAAUUUUCAGUAAAAAUUGGGCUAGAAUGUGAGUUUCCCUUUCUGACAGAUUAAAGAUUAUUCCUAGGAAUGUUCUUGGCUUUUUAGGUCGUUUAAGAGCCUUACAGCUGAAGGCAACAUUGACGAAAGUGACGGACUUGGUAAGCUCUGAUGCAUUUUCUCUCCAGCCCCUGCGGAGGCAACAGGGCGGUAUUCAUGGAGAAGGAGGUAAAGUUAGGGAGAUGAAGGAGAAAUCUAAUUUAAUUAUGAAAUGUCUCAACCUUUGUGUGUAGGAGUGACUGUGAUGGAGGUUUGUGGGCAAGGACUAGUUCCUUGUGAUCCACUUUGCUGAUGAAACAUGUUACGUGAACGUGGAGGAGGGAGGAAGAGGCACAGUCGCAAAUGCAGAGAUCACGAGGAUGAUGAACGAGAGCAGUAGGAGGUAGGUGCUGGCUAGAGGGUGGGAAGUCUUCCCUGACGUCCCAGCCUUGGGGGAGGCAGUGGCCCUGACCCACCUGUAGCUUCAGGAGAGGUGGGCUCAGUGACGUUUCUCUUGAACCGCUCAGAAUAGACCCUGUCUCCAAAGUUACCGACGCGAGAAGGGGCUGGCUCUGGCUGGUGCAGAGUGUUGCCACUCUGUUGACUUCAGCAGCGCUGUGGCAGUUUAAAUUAGCCAAGGAUUUGUUCCUUAAUCUGUCUGAUCACUGCCUAGCUGGAAAGAAGAGAAACCUCAACACAGUUCAUCUAUAUUCAUGGCCAUUUCUCGUAGGGCUCCGGUGACUGGUGCCUUUACCGGGAGCAGUAAGUACAUUUGGGAAUUGGCAUGGCCAUGCAAGUACAGAUUCUUCAUUUGUCGUUGUGCUUUCAUAAUAGUUAACCUCUAAACAGAAUUAAUAUAAAAUUAAUAAAGCCCAAUUGCCUUCUAUUCUGUUUGGUUCUUUCCCUUAUAAAGUGCUCGCCCUAUGCUAGAGUACUCCAAUUAGAAAUGAGACCAUUUUUCAAUAAUUUCUUAAGUGUUUCACCCACUGAAUUAGGCUCCUGCACUAUAUUCUCAAAUAUAAUCAGAACUGAGUGCACUGUUUCUUCAUCUGAGUCUCUCUAGCUGUUCACCCCUAAAACCUCAGUGUUUAAUUACUUUUCUGACUUGCUGUGGUGACGGACUCAGAUGUAGCAUUUCAGAAAGCUGUUUCUUUUAGUCAGUAUAAUUUUGUGGAUGGGAUUGUGUUCUAACUUAGCAGAAAUUAGGUGUAUUUGCUUUCCUAGUCUCCACUAGAGAUGCACCUUUUUCUCCUAGAAAAAAGUACAUAAUGGCCCAUGCUCUCUAGCCUAGCUUGUUGGAACAAUGAUGACCUUUAAUUGUGCUCCUCAUCAACACUGAAGAUAAUAAACAAGAUGAACAGAUUAAUUUAUAGAUUGUCACUAUAGUUUUAAAAUUAACUGGCAUCCCAUCGGCACCUCCUCUUUGGGGAAGUAUUCAAUGCCUUAUAAUUAAAUUAAUUAGCAACACUGUUUUGCAGCUGCUUGACCAAGGGGAACGUCUCAAAACAAUUUCAUUCUCUUUGCCCAUCCAGCCUUUGACACAGUGCAAAUCCCUUCCUCUUCCAUUAGCUAUGGGAAAACCCUGAUCACACUGGUGCUAUUAAGGGCUCGGUACCCUUGCCAGAGCAUGCUAACCUUCUCCGCAGGAGCGUUAGUAUUAUUUGAUGUGUUUAGAGAAGAAUAAAGAAUGAGUUUUUUGUAAUCUGCAGGCUUUGCUGGAGCUAAUAAAUGCAGUUAUAAGGGGAUUAGAUUUUAGAUGUUCACACAGAAUUUAGGCAAGUUAUGAAUUCAAGGAGCAGAGCAUGUGAAUGUAUUUGAGCUCAUGUGCAGAUAGGCUCGUUGGGCGUCCCUGCACGGAGGAGAAGCCUGCUGCGAGGAACCAGAGAUCCCUUAGCUCGGCCUGUGGCCGCUGGUGCCUUGCAGCUGUAAAGCAGAUGCUCUUCUAUCUUAUGUCCUUUGAAAAUGCAGCACAGCGGCUCUGAGUGUCACCAGCUGAAAGGUGGGUGCUUUUCCUCCGUAAGGCCUCUGACGGCGACACGAACCGGGCGUCCGGCCUCUCGUCGCUGGUGUUGGGGGGGAGCGCGAAGGUGCUGCAGGGUGCCCCCAGCAGCCUCCCAGUCCCGGAGUGGUGUGGGGCAGCAGCCCCCAGCGCUGGGAAGGGCGUUCACUCCUCUCCUGGGGAUUUGGUGCUGGAAUAGCCGCCUGCGAGGCCAGCAGCAUGCCCCGAGCGGGUGCGUGUCCCCGGCUGAACGAGCCUCACCACCGUGCCUCCGGCGUGUGCCCUUCUGGGGGGAGCGCUGCCCUCCACGGAUGCUCUUGCUCCAGCAGCCUUAACUUCCAGAGCAGCUAGGAGAGACUCUCUGGCCUCGCAAGCUGUGUGUGUGUAAUGCAGAGCUGGCAGCGAGCGGUCACCGUGGCCCUCCUCGAGAGGCUCUUCAGCCACUGCUCCCUCUGUCCCACACAUCUCUCGAGGGCGUCCAGCAAAGCCACUUCUCUUCGAGGGUGUUCCUGCCUGCCCAGCAUCCAGCCUCCCUGUUUACGUUCACAUAAAGCCCCCUUGCUCUCCUCUAGCUUGAUCUGCUAACAACUGACAGAUGAAUUUUUUGGAUGAUUAGGAUCUUAACAAAAGUACCAGUGCAACAAGCACUUGAAAGGCAAAGCUGUUAUCAUCGUGCUGCUAAUGCACUGCGGUGCUGUCGGGGACAGGAUGGGGGCUUAAUUCUUCCACUGUAAGAAAGGAUAAACUUUCUCAGUUAGGUCUCAGCAGAGAGCUGAGCAUGAAUGUGUGCAGAACAGAACCAGCUGCUCACUACUCGGCUAUUAUUCCGGACAUUGGGUUUUGUUGCAUUUAGGUUGCAUCUUUAGGUUUCUGCUCUGCUCUUGCAAGAGGUUCCUAGAGCUUGUGCUCUGGUGUCAGGUGCCAAGUGCCCUUCUCCAGGAUCACAGGGAACAUCAGCCUCAUGCAGCAAGGUCUUUGGGGGCUUUGCUCUCCUCAGGCUGUGCCGCUUGUGCAUUUGACCUGGUGCAUUUUGUUCUCUAGCUGCCACCCUGAUGCACUAGCAGAAAACCUCAUGUUUCUGGGUUUUUCUUUGUAUUCCUAAUGUGUGUGUCUUCAUUAGACAUUUAACUCUAGCAGUGAAAAAAGGCACAGCACAACUUCUCCUCAGGUGUCUGGCUUUGCCUGUGCUAGAGAGUAAUUCUGAUUGUUUUCCAGGGGAGACUCUUGCAAGAAAGUGCCCUUUCCCAUUAGCUUUCCACUGUGCUGUGUUUGAAUCCUCCUCCCCCGUGGUGUCCCGUUCUCCUGGAGGUCGGAAGGAGGGUCCUUGGGGCACGGCUGCUCUGUGCACUGUUGUGGCACAAACCAUUCCCGGGGCUGGGAGCUGCUUCCCUGAGCCGGGCAUUAGCUUAUCCCCACUUGCUUGCACACUGUAGCAUGGUCGUGUCUGGCAAUGCCCGGCACAGGGAAGCAUCUCCCAACCUCGGGAAUGGCUGAAGACCCGAGGAAACAGAGUAGGAGCAAAGAUCAUAUUUAUUGGAGCCCGAGUCUAGGAGAACUGUGGACACAGGCUGAAGUGACGUUGCAAGGAGCCGGACUGCAAAGCUGGCACACUCUGACAUUCCCCCUUGCACAUAAAACCAAAACUGGCAUCAAGUUGGUUCAUCUCUAGAUGCUUUUUGAUAUUCAUUAACCACGUGUUAUAUACUGUAAAUACAUACUUGAAAAGCCAAUAUAUAUUUUUAUAAGCUUGAAACAAAUGUAAUGUAAGAUCACAAGGGACACUGUGUACAUCUCAUGUUUGAACUAGUCAGACAUCUCCAGGGAAUCACCAUGAUUUGGAAUAAUAAUAAAUGGAUAAUAAAGAUCUAUUGACAUUUUUGUUAAUUUUGUAUUUAUUGAACCAUGUUUGAAGGUUGCAAUAAAGAGAUACCUAAGUUAAAACAAACAUUAA